AUGGUCCUUGGUCCGGCCGGUACUGGCAAGACACUUUUGCAACAAGCUCUUUCGGUCUUCUUCUGGAAGCUAGGAUACCACAUAUUGGCCUUUGCGCCGGCCAACGCAAAUUGCGACCAUUUCACCAAAGCUAUCGCAAAGAUCGACCUACCUGGGUUUAGGUUCUAUCGCAACUACCCAUCCUCUCGAGAUCUUGGUCCGGACAAGAUGACAGCAGAGCAGGGCCGGCAUCGCCGCGUUGGCCAUGUCGAUGGUCAAGCUACUGGCAUUCACAAGCUACAAUUCAUGUUGCAUCGAGUACACAAUCGUGACAAUGAGAAAGCAGAGGCUAGAGAUCAUGGUCUUGAGCAGGGUGUCAUCAACGAAUCCGACCUAGGCGAGCUUACCUGCUUCCUUCGGGCCCCAGGCUCCCGAGGUCGAAGGUCCUCCAGUUCCUUUUCGGAGUACUAUGAUGCCCGCUGCCAACCAGAAGAGGACGACUCUCAGCAGACAGAGUCUUCAGCACGCGAAGGCCAGAACAAAGUCGACGUGUGGGAGGUCUUCGGAGGCUAUCUCGCCCAAAUUCGUGAUGGAAGCUUUCCAAGCAAGAAUGUAGAGGAGAUGCAGAAGUUCGAGUGGAGCUAUGAGGCCUGCAAGAGCCAUCUUGUUCGACUCAGUCGCUUCAUGAUUACCACUACAGGCAACGCUCGCUGCUGGGAGCUCGAGGCUAAUUUUGGCAUGAAUGAAAAUGGCGACAGGGAUGACUGCAAAGGCAUUGUCGUUUCCGUCGACGAAGCCUGCAAGGAUGUUGAGCCCAACGUUUGGUCUGGUAUCGCGAACAAGAUCUGGAGAGAUCACGUCAAGGGCGCCGUAUUAUUUGGCGAUGAAGAGCAACUGAAGCCGAUAACCACGUCUGCGAGAGGAGCCGCGCAACUGAACAUGUAUCGAGAACGCUUGGAGCUGCCGUUACCAUUGCGUCUUGUCAGGGAGGGCUUCCCUUGUGUGCGUUUGGUAGAGCAGAUGCGCAUGCAUGAGUGUCUCUCGGAUUUCCCAAAUCGUCAGUUGUACGGUGGGCGUCUGCGAGAUGGCCGUGGUACAAGUAGACUCCUAGAAGAGGAGAGACCAGGCCUGAAGAGAGCUCUGUCUGGCAUUCUCACAAGCCGCAUGGGUGAACUGGAACGUGCUCAGUGGGAGAACACCAACACCGAACGCGCCGUACGCAAUGCCUGGAUCAGGGUCAGUGGCACAGUCGAGAAGGACCACUUCCAGUCUCGCAAAGUCGCCACCCACCCGGACAUCUUCUUCGAGAAGAUCUUUCCAGCACUGCACGACUACUUCUGGGAUGACAUGGAGGAAGAGGUCAUGAUCAUGUGCGCCUACAAGAACUCGCUCAUUGACUGGAGGAGGAAAGCACGCAAGUAUGCUCGAGACCACGACCUGCCUCCGACCCACCUGCCCCGAUUCGUCCAGCUCGAUGCGAGUCAAGGUCAAGAGGCCUUCAUGACCAUCUUCGAUGGCUGCAUCCAGAAAUUUGACAGCGACGGCAAGCGUAUUUGGCUCAGUGGUUUCCUGAAUGACUCUGGUCGCGCCAACGUCGCGUUGACUCGAGCGAAGGCGAUUCGUUGGACUAUAGGAGGCGAGAUCCAGCCGGACAAGUUUUGGUCUGACGAGUCUCCCUGCUACUUCAACGACUUCAGGGAGGAGCUGAAGACUCAAGAUCUCAUUCGUGGUCUUGCGCCAUAG